UUCUACCUACUACUUCAUAUCCUGUUGAAGGUUUUACUGGAUUGAAUGAUGGUGUUUUGCUGGCCACAUUAAUACAUCAUAAAAACAGUGAAUGGAUUGAAGAUUUUGAUGAGUUAAUCAAAGAUGAUGCACCUGAUGAUAACAUCAAAGAUGGUGCACCUGAUUAUAACGAAGAAAUAAUAAAGCGAAGGUUAACAAGAUGCUUUUCAAUAUUAGAAGAUAAGUUAGGAAUGCAAAAACCUAAGGAGUUGAUAUCAAUUUUAAUAGAGAGUGAUCAUAAGAAUAAAGAUCGUCUCAGACGGACAGAACUAAUGUGGAAUGCAUAUAUAUCUGAUAUAUUCUUGGCAAUGUCCGAAAACAGUAAAAGGAAGAAUACCAUGAGAAGCUCUAUGAGAAACUCUGUGAGAAACUCCAUGAGAAACUCCAUGAGAUUGAAGCAUAUAAGUGAGAAUAGUGAAAAUGGGAACAAUAAAAAUGAGAAUAAUGAAAAUGAGAAUAACGAAAAUGAGAAUAAUCAAGAUGAGAAUGAUGAAAAUGAUGUGCUUUCAAGGAGUAUUUCGAUCAAUGAACAAUAUGAUAAAGAGAAAGGCAGGCAAAAAUCGCGUGGAUGUAUUCCUUCUUUCGGAAGCAGUGGCAAUAUUUCGCCAAUGCCGCCAUGGUCGCCAAAAGCCUCAGUGAUUACGGCGUUGUUCGAGUGGACUAUUGGAUGGCUGUUAAAUGAUCCAGAAUCCGAGGAUGAUAGUGAUUUUGACAAAGAUGAUAAACAACGCGAUCGCGAGAUGAAAACUAUUAAAAUUGGGAAGAGAAGAUCUGAUGGUACUUGGAAUAUUCAAAAAGCAAAUGAAUGGAAGAGAAAAAGUGAAUCGUUAAGUGAUAAUGACGAUAUUCCAAUACAAUUAUUGGCUAAUUCACAAUCUGCUCUUCAUAAUAUGUAUUGGAAUUCUUGA